UUUUUAAAUUGUGGGGUGGUGUACUAAAUUUUUUGGUCUAGUUGUAUUUUAGUUAUUUUUUUUGACAGCACAAUUCUUUGUUGUUUCUCAAAGAUUUUGCUCAUAAGAGAGCUGGCAUUCCUUAUUUAAAAAAUACGUUAUACAAAUUUUUUUCCUUUUAAAGUGUUUUUUCCUUUUUAUUUUAUUUUUAUUUUCUCCCCUUCUUCUCCUUCUUCUUCUUCAUCUGUCACUCUUGAUGCCCCCAUUGAUUAUUUUGUCGUUUACAUAAUCAACACUACUUAUAAAUCAUAAUCAUAGAGCCAAAAAAAAGGAGAUGGGAAAAAAAAAGAUUUAAUUUUUAUUUAUUAUUUUUAACUGGGUCAUUGAUUAUUUAGUAAAAAAUUAAACUAUUUGGUAUUUUUUUGGGAAGUUUAUUUUUGCUGGUGUGAAGCAAGAUUUUAUUGUAAGGUGUUGUUAGGUCAUUGGGUGUGUCUGUGUGUGUCUAUUGUUGUCUGUUUGAGAGAAAAAGUUUGUUUUUCUCUCUCCUCUUUUUUCUCUCUCCAAUUUUUGCACAAAUUCAACUGUACAUUUUUGCAGAAGCUGCAACUACAUGAAGAUACUAGUGGCAUUGCUUCUGCUUUCUGCUCUUAGUAACUCAAUCGAAGUGUUUGGGGAUGAUAGCGAGGAGCAAUGCAGAUACAAGCCGAAAUUGGAUCCGAGACCUCAUAGUGUAUCCAUCGUUGAGUUUGGUGCUGUUGGAGAUGGAAAAACACUGAAUACUGGGGCUUUUCAAAAUGCCAUAUUCUAUCUCAACUCGUUUGCAGACAAGGGUGGCGCUCAACUGUAUGUGCCACCAGGGAAGUGGCUUACCGGGAGUUUCAAUCUUACUAGUCACCUUACCCUUUUUCUGGAGGCUGAUGCUAUCAUCCUUGGAUCUCAGGAUCCAUCCCAUUGGGGAGUCACUGAUCCAUUGCCAUCAUAUGGUCGCGGAAUGGAUAUCACAGGAAGCAGAUAUCGAAGCUUGAUAAAUGGAUACAGUUUGCAAGAUGUUGUAAUAACAGGUAAUAAUGGAACUAUUGAUGGCCAAGGAUCAUUUUGGUGGGAUAGUUUUCGAUCUCAUACCUUAAAUCAUAGCCGCCCUCAUCUUGUGGAAAUUGUGAAAUCCUUUGAUGUCGUGGUUUCGAACUUGACAUUUUUGAAUGCGCCUGCAUACAAUAUACAUCCUGUUUAUUGCAGUCAUGUACUUGUACAAAACAUUUCAGCUUAUGCUCCAUCUUCAUCCCCUUACACAAUUGGUGUAGUCCCAGACUCUUCAGAUCACAUGUGUAUUGAGAACUGUAACAUAAGCAUGGGUUAUGAUGCCAUCACUCUAAAAAGCGGGUGGGAUGAGCAUGGUAUUACGUAUAAUAGGCCUACUACAUAUGUGCAUAUCAAGCAAGUCAAUCUUGAAGCAUCAACUGGUUCUGCCGUGGCAUUUGGCAGUGAGAUGUCUGGUGGCAUUUCUUAUGUUCUAGUUGAAAAUCUGCACAUAAAAAACUCGUUCACAGGUAUUGACUUCAGAACAGCUGUAGGACGAGGGGGUUACAUAGAGAAUAUACAAGUAUCGGAUGUAGAAAUGGAAAAUGUUUACACUGCAUUUAUUGCAAAUGGUCAAUACAAAUCUCACCCCGAUGAAGAAUAUGACCCAAGUGCACUCCCCGCUUUGGAUCAAAUUUCCAUUGAGGAUGUAACCGGGGAAAACAUUACAAUGGCCGGUAGUUUCACCGGCAUUGAGAAUUCUCCUUUUGAGUUUACUUUGUCAAAUAUCACCUUAUCCAUGAAUUCAGCCACAUCCCCGAUUUCUGCCUGGGUUUGCUCCAAUGUUGUCGGAUCCUCUAAGACCAUCUCUCCCGAGCCUUGCCCUGAGCUCGAGAGCUCCUCUAUAAAUUCCCUCUCUUCCUUCAUCGCCACCUUAAGUUCAAAAGGUCUGGCCUCACAUUCAUAAUCCCUCUUUGAUGAUGCUAAGGAAAGGAAAGAGUUGGGAAUCUUCAUCAUUGCUUCAUCAUAAGCAUCAUAGGAUAGAUUCUUUCCAAUAAGUUCAAAAAGUAUAUUUCAUUAUUCAUCUCGUUGCAUUCUUGCAUGUUACUCCAAGAAAAGAAAAAAAAAACACAAAAUAAUCUGCAUAUUAGUGUACAGCUUCAUUUCUUCAUUCUUGUGUAAGCAAAUUUUUGGUAGUGGUGACAGAAAGUAUCAAGAAAAGUGUAAUGUUGUGUAUUUUUUUUUAUUUCUUUUUCCCUUUUUACAUUACAUGUUAAUGUUCUUUUUGUUUUCUUCUCUUUUCUAUUUUUUGUUAUUUAUUAUAUUUCUCUUUUUGGCAUUUAAAUUAUCAUUUGAGUUUAUGUCUGGUUGUAAAUCAUCUUCAUGAGAGGAGGGGCAUGUUAGGUGAUACAGAGCUGUUAAUGUGUAGUGAAACAAAGACUUAUAUUUAUUUAUUUAUUUAUUAUUAUUCAUGAACAGAAUAUUGUGAA